GAUUUUCGUAGGAGGAAUGCCACACUACACUAAUAGCAGGUAAGGGUAAUCUAGGCAAGAGAAAGUGCUUCGCUAGCCAGAAAAAGGAAAAAAAAGGGAAAAAAAAAAAAUUCCUUUCCAGCCACUCUUUAUCUCUAUGCUCUGCAGACAAAGUAGAAAAUUAAGCGGACUGAAAAAAUUCCCCACCGGAAGUUAUGAAGUUCGCGGACGUCCUUCCCCCGGUCGCUGCCCCUGCACCAAAUCCAGUAAUUUCACUUGCUUAUGGUUCGCGCUCUCUCUGCAGUCACGGCCUCAGUCGCAGCAACUACAGAUUAGCUUUGCAGUGUUACAAUGGUCCCGUGAUAUUUACAGGAAACCGGAGUGCCAAGGUUCCUCCCCUCAAGGCUGGUUUCUGGGAAUCAAUUAGAUCCGGGUUUAUGAAGAAUAACACUAUGCAGGUCGUAGAGUCACCACCUACUGCCCUCGAAGAGGAAGAAUUAUUGCCUGAAGAGUUUGUUCUUGUUGAAAAAAUUCUACCUGAUGGAGUGGUUGAACAAAUCAUCUUUUCUUCUGGAGGAGAUGUUGAUGUUUAUGAUCUCCAAGCGCUGUGUGACAAGGUUGGUUGGCCUCGAAGGCCACUGUCUAAGUUAGCUGCUGCUUUAAAAAACAGCUACAUGGUCGCUGCACUGCACUCCAUGAGGAAAUCAGCUGGUGAAGAGGGGAAUACCGAAAAGAAGCUCAUAGGAAUGGCUCGGGCUACGUCAGAUCAUGCGUUCAAUGCAACAAUUUGGGAUGUUCUCGUCGACCCUUCCUAUCAGGGACAAGGACUUGGAAAAGCCCUUAUUGAAAAGCUCAUCAGAAGCCUUCUGCAGAGAGAUAUUGGAAAUAUAACGCUGUUUGCUGAUAGUCAAGUGGUGGAGUUCUACAGAAACUUAGGUUUCACACCAGAUCCGGAGGGAAUAAAAGGCAUGUUCUGGUAUCCCAGAUAUUAGACUGAUGGGGGGGCUAUGGUGAAUUAUGCUGACAAUGGUGACUGCCAAAUGCUGCUUAUUCUUGCUCCUGUUAAAUGGUUAAAUUGUGCAGUAGAUAGAUUGGUUUACAGAAGGACUAUUGUUAUGUAUAGAUAGAUGUUUUUGUAUGCAAAUUUAAUGAUUUUACACUUUUUGAAAUGGUUUGGGUUGGCAUACAAGAAAAUCUAGGAUUCUAAAUGUUGGAUGGUGGUAUUGUUUUGAUGGUGUUUUGCAUUUUGGUGUAACUUUAAUAUCUAUUUGUAUAUUUUGAGUUAUUAUAUCUACAAAAAGGAAAGUUCACCUGGAAAACUUGCAAUGAACCAUGUGCAUUGAAUUAUGACAUUCACUUUUACACUGUGCAUUCAGGGUUUAUUCAUUUAAAGCUAGCUGGAUAGUAGAGAUUUAGUGGCAGAGAUUUUGUUGCAAGUGUUUUUUGAAAGUAAUUAGUAUUCAUCACUCUUUGACAAUUGUUGUAAGGAAAGACAGAACAACUGAUCAUUUUGCUUGGGGGAGCCUUUGAAUGUGUCACUCAAAUUUGAUAGGAGAGUCGAGUUUAAGCAAAUCUGAUAGGAGAGUAAUGUUUAAAUUGACUUGGUGAUUACGUUUUGAGUGGAUGGUAUAUUAGGA